AUGCUCGGGGCAAGGAUCCAGCAAGCAGAAGCCAUGCUGACUGCAAUACUGAGCUGUGCCCUGCUGCUGGCACUGCCUGCCAUGGAGGGGGCCCAGAUGAGCUUGGCAGCCUUGGAGGGCAUCAGAAGGCCUGACGAGGCCCUGUUCUCAGAGCUGUCAGACCUGGGCCUGAGGCCUGAGCUGAAGAGGACAGCUGCAGAACAGGCAGAAGAGGCUCUGCUGCAGGAGGCCAAGGACAUGGCAGAGGCGCUAGACCCAGAAGAACGGGAGCCACGCUCCCUGCGUCGCUGCGUGCGGCUGCACGAGUCCUGUCUGGGACACCAAGUACCGUGCUGUGACCCAUGCGCCACGUGCUACUGCCGGUUCUUCAACGCCUUCUGCUACUGCCGCAAGCUGGGUACUGCCAUGAACCCCUGCAGCCGCACCUAA